AUGCCUACGCCACCCCCAAUAUCGGUUCUCAUCCUCGUACCACUACUCUUCUUCUUCUUCUGUACUGAGCCCGUAAUUGCAUGGCGCCCAUGGCCUAAUCAAACCCUCAACAAAACCGACUUCAUCUUUGGUGGUUCAAAAAAAUAUGAGGGCUCAUCGGAAUUUGUUCAGUUGAAGUAUCACAUGGGACCUGUACUCACCGCCAAUAUUACCGUCUAUCCUAUUUGGUAUGGCUCGUGGCAAAACUCCCAGAAACGUAUAAUCCGCGAAUUCAUCAGCUCAAUCUCCUCCGUAGAAGCCAAGCCGCCGUCGGUGGCCGGGUGGUGGAAAACCGUCCAGCAAUACACUGAUCAGACAGGUGCGAAUAUUUCACGUUACGUUCACAUUGGUGCUGAGAAGAACGACCGGUUUCUCUCCCACGGGAAAUCACUAACCCGGCUUUCAGUUCAAUCAGUUAUAAAAUCCGCCGUGACCUCCUCCACCCGCCCACUUCCGAUCAACCCCAAGAGCGGGGUGUACCUUUUACUAACCUCGGAAGAUGUGUACGUACAGGAUUUCUGUAACAAUGUCUGUGGGUUCCAUUAUUUUACCUUCCCCUCCAUUGUCGGGUACACUCUACCGUACGCCUGGGUGGGUAACUCUGCUAAACUGUGCCCCGGCGUUUGCGCGUACCCCUUCGCCGCGCCGGCGUAUAUUCCAGGCCUGAAAGCGGUGAAAUCGCCAAACGGCGACGUAGGAGUCGAUGGGAUGAUAAGCGUGAUUGCACACGAAAUUGCGGAAGUAUCCACGAACCCGCUGGUUAACGCCUGGUAUGCGGGUCAGGACCCGGUUUUCCCAGUGGAGAUUGCUGAUCUUUGCGAGGGAAUUUAUGGAACCGGAGGUGGAGGAUCAUAUACCGGGCAGAUGUUCAACGGUGUAGAUGGUGCCACGUACAACAUGAAUGGGAUCCGACGGAGGUUCUUGGUUCAGUGGGUUUGGAACCAUUUGGUGAAUUACUGCACUGGCCCGAAUGCACUUGAUCAGUAA